CAUUGCUUCUCAAUGCUACACAAUUACCAAACACAACUUUUCCCUUCUUCUCUCACUCUCUUAGAUUCCCAAACAACCACACCAACAUUUCUUUUGUAAAUUAAAGAUGACAAGCAUCAUCACCAAAACCCAGGCCUUUGCGGUUCUCGUUUUACUGGUGAGCACUGUUUUGAUGGGCUUAGAAGCCCGUCCACUGAGUAUCAUUGAGACGGGAAACUCCGCCACUGGAGGAGCGGUUCAAGUGGUGGGCUUCUUCGAUUGGUUGGGUCUGGGAGCGAUUAAGGAUUCUGGGCCAAGACCUGGAGUGGGACACAAGUUCACCAACAGUGAUACCCUUGGAGGGAUUAAGGACUCUGGUCCUAGUCCUGGAGGGAAGGGUCAUCAGUUUACAAAUAGCAACACCCUCGGUGGAAUCAAGGACUCGGGUCCUAGCUCCGGAGGAGAGGGUCACAAAUUUACCAACAGCGACACCCUCGGUGGAAUUAAAGACUCGGGUCCAACCCCUGGGCAAGGACACUAACAUGUUCAUGCUCCACACACACCCUCUGUUUUAGGGACUACACUACAUGCCAAAUAAUUCUUAAAAGAUUACUUUAGUUGGAAAAUAGGUUAAUUGAUUCCUUCAUUUCUUUGAUAUCUGUCUAAAUUUUUCGUUCUUCGGAUUUUAAUAUUGUAAUACUCCUAUCGAUGGACUAUAGUUCAGAAUUCAGAUAUUGUUUGUGCUGUGUUAUUUUCCGUAGUGGCAAUGCAAUUCACAUGUACCAUUAUUUAUUACAUUAAAAA